UUUUUAUAAUUGCUCUGCCACAACUUGGCAUGAAAUUUUCUUCUCCUCUCUCUUGUCUGGGUUAGGCUUGGUUGAAAAAUCUCCAUUACAGACCGUAAACAGAUAUAAAAAAGUCGAGCUAAGGCUACUGGAUCACAUAUUUUUCCCUAAAAAGUCUUUUUAGCUCAAAUCAAAGAUCUAUCAAAACCCACCCUUCAUUCAUUCAUGCCAAGAACAGGAAAGCUUUUUAUAUAGAACUAUAAACAGAGAUUUAUAGAGAAAUGGCAGGUCGUAGAGAUAAAGUCCAAUCAAUUCGCGGAUCUCGAAUAGUCGUAGCCAUUGUGAUCGGAGUUCUUGUCGGAUGCGUUUUCGCUUUCUUGUUUCCUCACGGUUUCUUCAGCUCCAAUCCGCCUAUCCAAAAUCGUCGAACAAUCAAGUCCAAUUACCAGAGCGGAUCUUCUUGUGAGUCACCAGAGCGGGUGAACAUGCUGAAGUCAGAUAUAGCAUCACUAACUGAUAGGAAUGUUGAGUUGAAGAAGCAGGUCAGGAAGCUUACUGAAAAGCUACGGUUGGCUGAACAAGGAAAAGAUCAUGCACAAAAGCAGGUAAUGGUAUUGGGUGAUCAACACAAAGUUGGGCCUAUGGGAACAGUUAAGGGUUUGAGAACUAAUCCUACUGUUAUUCCUGACGAAUCUGUGAAUCCAAGAUUGGCAAAGAUCUUGGAGGAAGUUGCUGUUGGAAAAGAACUUAUAGUUGCUCUUGCAAAUUCAAAUGUGAAAAGUAUGUUAGAGGUUUGGUUUGCCAACAUUAAAAAAGCAGGUAUUAUUAAUUACCUGGUUGUAGCGUUAGAUGACCCGAUUGCAGAAUUCUGCAAAACAAAUGAUGUUCCAGUGUAUAAGAGAGAUCCAGAUGUGGGUAUUGAUUCAAUUGCUAGGACAGGGGGUAACCAUGCUGUCUCUGGACUAAAGUUCCGUAUCUUGAGGGAGUUUUUGCAGCUUGGUUACAGUGUUCUUCUCUCUGAUGUUGAUAUAGUGUAUUUGCGGAACCCUUUUGAUUAUCUUUAUCGGGACUCAGAUGUGGAGUCUAUGACUGAUGGUCACAAUAAUAUGACAGCAUAUGGCUAUAACGAUGUCUUUGAUGAACCAUCCAUGGGUUGGGCACGAUAUGCUCAUACAAUGAGGAUAUGGGUCUACAACUCUGGUUUCUUUUAUAUUAGGCCUACAAUACCUUCAAUUGAGCUUUUGGAUCGCGUAGCUGAUCGACUGUCUAAGGAAAAGGCAUGGGACCAAGCAGUUUUUAAUGAGGAGCUCUUUUUCCCUUCACACCCUGGUUAUACUGGGCUUCAUGCUUCGAAGAGAACUAUGGAUUACUAUCUAUUCAUGAAUAGUAAGGUCCUCUUCAAGACAGUGAGAAGAGAUGAUAAACUGAAAAAGUUGAAGCCAGUAAUCAUUCAUGUAAAUUACCAUCCUGAUAAAUUGCCAAGAAUGCAAGCAAUUGUAGAAUACUAUGUGAAUGGCAAGCGAGAUGCACUAGAUGCUUUCCCAGAUGGUUCUGAAUGGUAAGGUUAGAACUAAGAUCCAGUUUUGUUCCUUGUAUGGGCUCCUUAUUUCAGUUCUUGCUAUUGUUAACUGAAGAAUUAUAGUGUUAGUUCAAUUUUAUUUUACUUCCCUCGUUGUUCCUUUGAAGCAAUGUGAUAUAUUUUCAUCGGUUUCUUUCCCUGGUUGUUCCUUUGAAGUUUUCUUUGUAUUCGACUUGGGUAAUUUUCUCUUGUUGA